GGGGUGUAUUGGGGAGUUCCUUGUGAUGGUAUUAUUUUAAAAGGGAACGUUACGCACAAAUGUGAUUUCUUUAAUGAAAUAAUGUACACUCUUGCAAUGGAUGUGGUGCCGCAGUUUGUGUCGUUUGAGCCUGUGCGACGGCUGGCGCAUUUGUCGUACAGCAAAGAGAGAGAGGAGCAGUUUUUCCAGUACAGCAUGACUGCUGAGGAUGUGAUGGUGGGGCAGAUACUACGGCUGGAGGUGCAAUACCCAGCACUGGUGGUUGUGGAAGAUAGUUGGCGCCGUUUCCAUUUUGCUCGUAGUAGUAGUGGCCGCUUUGUUGUAAGGCCUAUAUCGCUGGUUCUUCAUCUCUCGCGAGAAGCUGACUACCUGACUCUGAUGCACAUGUUUUGUAACGACACAUCUUACAGAAAGAGUGUGUGGAAGCGACGAAGGCAGGGAGUAAUCAGAUUGCAUCGCUAA